AUGGAACACUUGACAAAUAAUAAACUAAAGACUAGUAAUAGUAAGCGUUCAAGUAUCUCCAAUAAUGAAAAUUUAAAAAAGAAAUCAUCUCGAGCAUGUGCUCCAUGUAGAAAAAGAAAAGUGAAAUGUAAUGGCAUGUUACCAUGUGAUCGUUGUGUAAAAAAUAAUGUAGAAUGUGUGUAUGAUAAACCGCAACAAAAGAAAGAAAGUACACCAAAACCAGUUCUUGUAGAUAAUCAUGAACCAAGAUUAAAGUCUAUUGAACGCUUUUUAAAGCAAUUUUCCAAUUUACUUGACACAAAUAAUAAUAAUAAUGAACCAUUAAUUCAUUCUAAUUCUAAUCAAGUUCAUCUAUCUCAGCAAUUGAAAGAUGUAAUGAAUUAUCAUAAAUUAUCAGUUCAAACAGUAGGAAAAGGAAAUUAUGUACCUGAUAAAUAUCUUCGAACAGAUCGUGUGCCUAGUUUAUUAUCAGCAAAUAAUAUUCAAGAAUUAUUUAUUAUGGACAUUACUAAUACUUCUACUGAUACUACUACUACUACUACCACUACUACUACUACUACUACUACUACAAAUGGCACUAUGAUGAAACAACAUUUAUUAUCUAUUUAUUUUCAAUUUAUUGAUCCCAUUAUACCUAUUAUUCAUAAGCCUUCAUUUUUACAACAAAUUCAAUACACCCAUCAUCUUCCUUCUUCUUUAUCACUCUUAGUAAAUGCUAUCUGUUGUGUCUCCUCUAGAUGGGAUUUAGGUGUUUCUUGCACAGGAGAAGAACCAAGAGGCUGGAUCUACUACCAACAAGCAGUUUAUUUACUUGAUCAACAAAAUCAUGUAGAUUUGAAUAGAAUUCAAGCUGUAUUCUUACUAUUAAAAUACAACGAACAUGUACGUAGACCAGGUUUUAUUUGGAGAACAAGAUAUUAUUUUCAAAUGAUUGUACGGAUGUGUAAAGAUAUUGGUUUAUCACAAGAAAUUAAAAUAACGACAACAACGAACGAUGCCUUGAAGAUUGAAAUUGAAAAGAGGAAAAGGACAUUUUGGGCCAUUUACUGUUACGAUGUGAUGAUGAGUGCUGAAAAUGGUACUUUACCUUAUUUUCAUACUAUUAAAAUACCUCAAUUUAUACCACAUAUCUUACCUGACGAAGAACACGACAAGAUGACGCAUUUUAUACUGUUGAUAAAAAUGAUGAAAAAUCAAUCCAAUAUUCUAAAUCAUUUACAUAUCAAAUAUAACAAAAAAUUGGAUAUUUACUGGAAUGAAGAAAAGACGUUUGAUAGGCUAUCAUGUGAGUUAAAUGAAAUUUUCAAAUCACUUCAAAUCUAUAAUCCAAUGCAACAACAAACCAUGUGCUAUACAGUAUGCUUCUUAUACUUGACAUUUAGUUUUACAACCAUUUUAUUAUAUCGACCUUAUUAUCAAGUUACAAAUAAUAGUAAACAAUAUAUGAUUGAAGCUGCUAUGAAUAUAAAAUCAAUUACAGAGCUUUUACUAGCAUAUGAUGCCUUUGAAGACAUGUAUUGUUCAAUUAGAGGAAUACAACAAAUAGUUCAUUAUCUUUCUGCUGCAAUCACAGUAUUCAAACUAGUUAAUUUACAAAAGGAAUUGAAAACUACAAUAGAAAUGGCACAGAAUUUAGCUUCUAUUUCACCUGUUACAGAAGUUAAUAAUAAUAAUAAACAAUCUUCAGCAACAUUAGCAACACAUGAUUUGUUGUCAAUUCAACAACAACAACAACAACAACAGCAACAAUCAUUAUUAAACUUAUUAUUAUUUGAUGAUAACAACAACAACAAUAACAACAAUAAUAUACCAAAUUUAUUUUUACAAUAA